AUGUCAAACCUGCUGCUCCCCUUGCCGCAAGUCAUAGCUUCGUUUUUUGUCACGGUUCAUCCCAAACGCGCUCUGUUCUUCCGUACCUUCUGCGCUGCAAACGACGUGCGGCGAGUUUUAGAGCUGCCCUGCCAGAGCUCGGGUGUAUUUCAGCCGGCGAAGGAAAAGCGUUUGAACCCGCCAAAGUCCUCAGACUUUGGGGACGGGGGGAACCCCCGGGCAGGGCAAGGACUUGCCCCCGCAGCCGCUCACCUGUACGGCAGCUGCCUGCGGGUGGCCCUCUCACCCUUCACUGUAACACGCCGUAUAGGUCACCCCUACCAGAACCGCACGCCCCCCAAGAAGAAGAAGCCGCGCACCUCCUUCACCCGCCUGCAGAUCUGCGAGCUGGAGAAGCGCUUCCACCGGCAGAAGUACCUGGCCUCGGCCGAGCGCGCUGCCCUGGCCAAGGCCCUCAAGAUGACGGACGCCCAGGUGAAGACCUGGUUCCAGAACCGGCGCACCAAGUGGAGGAGGCAGACAGCAGAGGAGCGGGAGGCCGAGCGGCAGCAAGCAAACCGCAUCCUCAUGCAGCUGCAGCAGGAGGCCUUCCAAAAAACCAUCAACCAGCCCAUCCAAGCCGACCCCAUCUGUGUCCACAACUCCUCUCUCUUCGCUCUCCAGAACCUCCAGCCUUGGUCUGAUGACUCCACCAAGAUCACCAGCGUCACCACUGUUGCUUCCGCUUGUGAAUAA